AUAAAUAGUACAUCCAGUUAUUACGCUUAUAACAAUUUUAAGGCCUAAACGUCAUUUAUCUCUACUUGGCCCCUCCCUUGCGCUCUCAACUAACAAAACAAAUCUGCGUGUUUUUUUUGUCCUGUUCUGCUGCUGUUUCUUAUGUCUGAACUGAUGACGAGUUGAAAAUGGCGGAUCUUUCGAAAUCCAACCCCGGCCUGAAAUAGUCACGCAGCUUUAAAGUCACUAACACAGGACUCAACUAAAGAACGUUUACCAAAUAUCCCGUCUGUAUAUAUUUAUGAAAUAGUGUGACUUUUAAAGAGUUAUUUUUCCAUGGCAACCAAAUGUAAAGGGAACCGGGCGCGUCGAAAAUCAACAAACUCGACUCGAUCUGGAAACUGACAGACUCGGACUCAUUGCUCGGACUGCCCUGUUCGGCGUUCACAUUAUUAACUAUUGAGUGUUUUCAGUAACUCUUCAAGAUGGAUGUGGUAUCACCUGAGCUCAACAGCCUCCUCCCUGAUGAGAUUAUGGAUACUGAAGCUAUCACAGUGGAAGAGGAACUCCCUGCCGAGCAUCUUGCUCCUCAUUCCCGGUCUGAAUCGGAGCCAGCUCAGGUUCCUAUGGAAACCGAGGUUCCUGAAAUCGUCAGCCUGUGUCCGACCACGUCAGCUACGCAGAUGACCUCGACCUCCAGCGACGCCCAGUGUAGCACCAGCUCGGGAACUCAACUCCUCCUAACUCACUCUGGCCUUGUGGCUGGCACCACCGCCCCUGCCAAAACCACCAGCCCUGCUGUGACUCAAAGCCUCUCCAAAAUCUCCAGCAUCACCGUCCCGGCCAACCACCAGGUCAUCUUUAACAAAGUGGCCACCUCCCCGUCUGCCGAUGGCAAGACUGCUGUGCUCAAGUCGGAGGGCCAGAAACUGUUGGUUGCAGGCCUAAGUAAAACAGGGCAGCCUAUAAUGUUGGCUCUGCCACAUACUUGGAAUAAACCUGCCACGACAGGAGCAGGAGAUGCCAAGGUCCAGCCGACUCAGAUCAAAAUGGUGACCACAGUAGGAAAGCCUGUAAUAGCCGUGAGCUCGGCCAGUCAACUGCUGGGUACGUCCACACCACUGCAAGCCCACCAGCUGAAGAACCUUCAGAUCACAAAGAAGCCUCAGGUGUCUACAGCUGGACCAAUGAUAACAAAGCUCAUCAUUACAAAGGCUUUGAACAAUAAAGGACUGACCAGCCCAGCAUCAGCAACACCUGUAGUGACUGGACGGGUUGUUACCCAGAGCACCCCACUGACACCUCCACGUGCCAUUGGUGAGACCGUCAGCACUGUGUCGCAGAAUGCUACUGGCAACAGCAAAGUGGCCAUCUCACCUCUUAAGUCUCCUAGCAAGCUGACCGUUGUUUCGGUGGCCAGUCAGUCUUCAAACUCACCCCAGAAAUCUGUGACGCUGCCGCUCAAUAUGGCUCUGGGCCAGCAGAUCCUCACCGUCCAACAGUCUGCUGUCACCUCGCCAGCCAAAACGGGAACCAGCCAAUCCACUGCACAGGCUGUAAAGCCAAUGCAGGGGGUUACUGUGACAGGCACAUCCCAGUUUAAGACCAUCAUUCCCCUCACCACACCGCCCAAUGUACAACAGAUUCAGGUUCCUGGCAGCCGUUUUCAUUAUGUGCGACUGGUAACGGCCACAACCGGCAACAGCACUAUGCAGACGGGCGCCAGCACCAACACAAACCCUUCUAUCCAAUCAGCCAAGCCUGUGAUGAUGAACGCUGCCGUACGGAUGUCCGUACCCAUCGUCCCAGCACAGACUGUUAAACAGGUAGUACCCAAGCCCUUGACGUCGUCAGCUCAGGUGGUGACCACCAGUCAGACCCCUCAGCGCCUCAUCAUGCCAGCCACACAUCUUCCUCAGAUUCAGCCCAACCUGACCAGCCUGCCCCCGGGAACUGUGCUCACCCCUGCCCACGGCUCCGGAAACAUGGGAUAUGCAGUGUUGCCGGCCCCGUACGUCACGCAGAUUCCCCAGCCUACAUUCGUCACUUUAAGCAGCAGCUCCACCUUCUCGACAAAUACACCCAUACAGACACAAGCCAGACUUUCGGUCAACGGUCUUGCAACGUCGGAAGCAACAUCCAGGCCGAGAAAACCCUGUAACUGCACACGGUCACAGUGUCUGAAAUUGUAUUGUGAUUGCUUUGCCAACGGGGAGUUCUGUAAUAACUGCAACUGUGUCAAUUGCUUCAACAACCUCGGUCAUGAGAGCGAUAGACUAAAGGCAAUCAAGGCUUGUUUAGACCGAAACCCAGUGGCCUUCAAGCCCAAGAUUGGCAAAGGCAAAGAAGGCGAGUCGGACAGGAGACACAGCAAAGGCUGCAACUGCAAAAAAUCCGGAUGUCUGAAGAACUACUGCGAGUGUUACGAGGCCAAGAUUAUGUGUUCGUCCAUUUGCAAAUGCAUGGGCUGCAAGAACUUCGAGGAGAGUCCAGAGAGGAAGACACUGAUGCACCUGGCGGACGCCGCAGAGGUGCGAGUCCAGCAGCAAACCGCGGCCAAAACCAAACUGUCCUCGCAGAUCUCAGAUCUGCUCACCAGAACAACACCAGCCAUCACCAGCGGAGGCGGAAAGUUGCCGUACACAUUCGUCACUAAGGAAGUGGCCGAGGCGACGUGCGACUGUUUGCUGGAGCAGGCCGAACAGGCGGAGCUCAACAACCAAUCUCAGGCCAUGGCCGAACGUCUUGUCCUGGAGGAGUUUGGCCGGUGCCUAAAGAGAAUCAUCAGUUUCGCAGGCAAAGCCAAGACUGACUGCACCAUUAACUGUUAGAUCCGAGCCGUGACCGACAACCCUACCUGUUGGGUGUAAUGCAAAUGGCUUGGGCCUAGGCACUGAAUCCAAGCACCAGUAGUUUGCUUUGACUUGUGGGUCGGCAAAGGGAAUUUUCACUCGCCCCACUUAUGGAUACAAGGGGCUAUCCAAUAAAGAGCGAAAACCCAGAA